UUUCAGAUUGACAUCCUCAGGAAAAAAAGGCAAAUGCUUUCCACCCUGAAUCCUUUCGCUCCUCCUCCUUCCCCCUCUUCUUCCUCCUCUACAAGACCACCGCCUCCGUCCAAUCCCUCUCUCCCCCUUCGCCCAUCCCCAACUCCCCAAAUCUCUUCCCACCUAUUCUCCCACCCCUCUUCCCUCCUCCUCGAGCUCUGCUCCGACCCCCGAGAGCUCCGCCAAUUCCUCCCCCUCGUCAUCAAGCACGGCCUUUUCCACGAGCACAUCUUUCAAACAAAGCUCCUUGGCCUCUUCUCCCGCUUCGGACACCUCCAGGAGGCGGCCCUUGUCUUCGACUCCAUAGCCGACAAGACCGACGACCUCUAUCAUUCCAUGCUCAAAGGCCAUGCCAAGCACUCCCCUCUCGACAAAACUCUCGCCUUUUUCUGCACCAUGAAGCACUCCCAGGUCUGCCCCGUGGUCUAUAACUUCACUUACCUGUUGAAGAGCUGCGGCGACAAUGCGGACCUCGCGAGGGGCCGCGAGAUCCACUCCCAGUUGAUCGCUAAUGGGUUCAGUUCCAAUGUCUUCACGAUGACCGCCGUCGUCAAUAUGUAUGCUAAAUGCCGAAGAGUUGAUGAGGCUAGGAAGAUGUUCGAUAGAAUGCCGGAGAGGGACUCGGUGGCGUGGAAUGCGAUAGUUGCUGGUUAUGCGCAGAAUGGGUUGGCAGAGGGUGCUUUGGGGAUGGUUGUUAGAAUGCAGGAUGACGGGGUGGCACCCGACUCGAUCACCCUUGUUUCGGCUUUGCCUGCCUGCACCAAUAUCAGGUCUUUGCGGGCCGGGAAAUCUGUUCAUGGUGUUGCGAUUCGAGCUGGAUUUGAUUCAUUGGUGAACAUUUCAACUGCUCUGGUGGACAUGUAUUCAAAGUGCGGAGCCAUUGAGAAAGCAAGAUUGGUUUUUGAUAGGAUGCGGCUAAAGAAUGUUGUAUCGUGGAACUCGAUGAUCGAUGGUUAUGGGCAGAGUGGGGAUGCUGAGCAGGCGAUUAGGCUGUUUAAGAAGAUGUUGGCACAAGGCUUUGAGCCGACGGAUGUCACCAUAAUGUGCGCUUUGCAUGCAUGUGGUGAAUUAGGGGAUCUUGAGGAGGGGAGAUUUGUUCAUGAGAUGCUGACGAGACUUGGAUUGGGGUCAGAUGCUUCAGUUAUGAAUUCUCUGAUCACCAUGUAUUCCAAGUGUAAGAGAGUUGAUCUUGCUGCUGAGAUAUUUGAGUGCCUGAAGGCAAAAACUCUUGUGUCGUGGAAUGCUAUGAUUUUGGGCUAUGCACAGAAUGGACGCACUGAUGAUGCUUUGAGACUCUUUAGCAUGAUGCAGUGGGAGAAUGUAAAGCCAGAUUCUUUCUCUCUGGUUAGUGUAAUUCCUGCGCUUGCUGACCUUUCGGUCUUACGGCAGGCAAAAUGGGUUCAUGGAUAUGCUAUUAGAUUGUGUUUGGAUGGUAAUAUUUUUGUGAGGACAGCUCUAAUUGACUUGUAUGCAAAGUGUGGGCGUGUUAACAUGGCAAGAAAGCUCUUUGAUACAAUUCAUGAGAGGCAUGUGACGACAUGGAAUGCAAUGAUAGAUGGCUAUGGAACUCAUGGGUUUGGUAAGUCCGCUAUUGAGUUGUUUGAAGAGAUGAAAAGGAGCCCUGUGAAACCUAAUAACAUUACAUUCCUAUGUGUUCUAUCAGCUUGCAGCCAUGCUGGUUUAGUUGAUGAGGGGCAGAAGUACUUUGCAAGCAUGAAGAAAGACUAUGGGUUUGAGCCAGGAAUGGACCUCUAUGGGUCUAUGGUGGACCUUUUAGGUCGUGCUGGUAAGCUUGAUGAAGCUUGGGACUUCAUCCAGAAGAUGCCGAUCAAACCUGGCAUUAGUGUUUAUGGUGCCAUGUUGGGUGCUUGUAAGAUUCACAAAAAUGUACAGUUGGGAGAGGAGGCAGCUAAGAGACUGUUUGAGCUAGACCCAGAAGAUGGCGGAUAUCAUGUGUUACUGGCUAAUAUAUAUGCAGCAGCUUCUAUGUGGGAGGACGUUGCCAGGGUGAGAACUAUGAUGGAGAAGAACGGCUUGCAGAAGACUCCUGGUUGCAGUUCUAUCGAUUUGAAAAAUGAAGUUCAUACCUUCUAUUCUGGGAGUACAAAUCACCUGCAGGCAGAGAGGAUAUAUGCAAGACUGGAUAGAUUGAUAGAUGAAAUUAAGGCUGUGGGCUACAUGCCUGAUACCGAGUCCAUACAUGAUGUGGAAGAGGAUGUCAAAGAACAGCUGCUCAAUACCCACAGCGAGAAGCUGGCCAUUGCGUUUGGGCUCAUAAACACCAGCCCAGGCACCCCAAUUCAGAUACGAAAGAAUCUUCGCAUCUGCACUGACUGCCAUAAUGCAACAAAAUUCAUAUCUCAGGUGACUGAGCGGGAAAUUAUUGUGAGGGACAUUCAGCGGUUCCAUCAUUUUAAGAAUGGUCGCUGUUCAUGUGGAGAUUAUUGGUAGCAGGGCUUGUAGCCGUCUAAAUUCUAAGAGCUGCAUAAUUUCAUAGGUGCGCUAUUGUAUAGGCUCGAGAUAACUUCCGGUAAUUAAGCUCGUUGAGCAGUCAGACAACAUUCAAACAGUUGGACAAGUCUGAUUUUGCCAGAGAAGUCAUCAAGACAGAGUGGAUCUACAUUUUAAUUCCAAGAACCCCUCCAAGCUAGAGGACAAAAGGCAAGAACUCUACAAGUUUAUUGGGGCUGAUGCUCCCUGAUAAAUCAACUGAGUGAAUGUGCUUGCUGUACACUUAUAUAGUCUCGCAAUUAUAUGAUUUGUCCAGGUUUCAAGAUUAUAAUAUUUUGCAAAAUUCUGUUAUUAGAUAAAGAAGUCUGCAAAGUUUACAAUUAUAAUUGACUCUAGACAAAUGGAUUUUAGGAUGAAAGUGACAAAAUGAAUAAUCACAGAAAUGAAAUUUCAAGGACUCUGUACCUGGGAAGACAAGGAAUAAGGAAUUGUUGAGGGUUUUAAUGGAGAGGAUGCAUCUUUUAAUUGGCAGGACUGGAUAUCUGUGUUCCAGCAUCUUCAGGUGAUGCUUAUGCAAUGAAAGCCAAGAACUGAAGCAAUUCUUCCAAGUACCACAAUUGUUAUGUUUCAAUCCAUUUGUGGAUGGGUAAACUAAGUUAACAAAGCUAGUUGUCACCUCAUUUGUAUUUGUUCUAUUUUCCAAAAUCUGGACAUCAAAACAACUUUCAGUGACAUUCAACAAGAUGGACACUGUUAUACAUGCUGCUGGAGACUAAGGAAUAGCUAAUGGGCAAAAUGACUACUGAGGAAAUUUUCUCAGUGGCAAAGGUGAUGAAUGUCUAUAUUGCUUGACAGCGUGGAGGAUGUCAGAUUAUUUUAGAAUCCUUCUUUGAAAAGUAUAUAGAAUGGCUAUAAGUUGGAAGUAAAUGUUAUCCUCAUUGGUUAUUUCCUUCUUUAGUUGCUUUGGUAACUUCAGUAGCAUCUGGGAGAAGUGAUGUGUGGUGUGGAUGUUCUUCCCCAUGGCUUCUUUGUGAUAUUGAUUCUCAUGGAGCCUACAGAGGUUGCCCAAGGUUUCCUUGCUAGUACUGGCUUCAAUAAAGCAAGCUAGCUAAUACCAAAAAAAAAAAGCAAACCAGCCACCACACAGACUGACACAGACCCAUUACUUGGUUGCUUGGAUUUGACCUUGUAAAAUCUCCUAACUUAUUUGCACAGAAAGAGAGCAUUUCUCAAGCUGACAUUUUAUUGUAAUAUGAAAAUGUUCCCUCCUAAAGCAUGUAUCAAUCAUUUAUCUAACAAAUCAUCAAAUAUUCAAGUCUACAACCAGCAAGGCCAAUCAACUAUCCCUACAAUUGGCCUCAGACCUUGAAACGAGAUGAUGGAAAUGUGGGAGUUCAAAAAAAAAAAAA